AUGACUGCUAAUAAAUUUAAAAAACCGAAUAAAAAGGAUAAAAAGCAGUCAAAUAAACCUUCUAAUUUAGAUAACAAUACAUUUAAGCAAGAAAUUCUCGCUCUUGGUGGAGAUGACGAUGAUUUUAAGCUUUUAAACGGCGUAGAAAGUGACGAGGAAGCCACUUUUGAUAACGUAGACAACAACGAUCCUAAUUUACUCAAGGAUUUGAAGGAUCUCUACAAAUCUCUCGAUUUCAACUCUGUACAACCAGUCGAACGAGAAGAAGAUGAAGAGCAGGAUGAGAAUGAUGAGGAGAGUGCAGCCAGUGAAGGGGAAAAUGCAAACGGAAGCGUCGAUGGAAAUGAUAGCGAAAUCGCGAACGAAGAAGACAGUGAAGAAGAAGACGAAGAAGACGACGAAGAGGAUAGAGAAGAAGACGCAAAUGAUAUAGACCCACUCAGUGAGAUUGAUCCAGAAGGACCAUUUGCUCAAAUACCACAGUGGUUCCUCCAGCCGCUACCAGAACUCAAAAAGUCAAAACCAAAUCCAAAUAGCCAAUCUUCAACUGAUGGAAGAAUUCAACACGCUAAUAAACUGUUAGAGGACCUUCCAAAGAGUGCGCAAUCUAGCUCAGCUGUUUCUUCGUCAGAUAAAAAAUUCUUGGACCAAAUGUUGAAAUCUGGUACACUCAACGAUAGAGUAUCCGCAUUGGCCUUGUUGAUUGCUGAGUCACCCAUACAUGCGAUAUCCAGUUUGGAGGCUCUCAAGAAUAUGGCUUCAAAACCUAAGCGUGAGGAGGCACUUAGAGCUAUGAAGGCACUUGUUGAUUGGUUGGCUGGUCCACACGGUUUGCCUGCAAAUAGAAAAUUGAUCUACAUUGCUGAUCAGCCUAAUUUGACACAUCCAGGUGUUAAGGAUAAACAUCUUACCUUCUGGGCAUUCGAAAAUUGGCUCAAGGCGUACUUCUUUGAGGUGUUGCAAUUACUUGAGUCAUUCACCCAUGAUACUCUUACUUUCGUUAAACAGCAAGCCAUUAUGCUCAUCUUCCAACUCCUCAAGGACAAACCGGAACAAGAACACAACCUGCUUAGAUUGUUGAUCAACAAAUUAGGUGAUCCAUCACGUCAAGUUGCUUCAAAAGCAUCAAAUCAACUUCUUGUUAUUCUUCAAGCACACCCUGCGAUGAAAGGCAUCAUCAGUCGUGAAGUUGGUGACCUUAUCUUCCGUCCACAUAUUUCAGAAUCUGCCAAAUACUACGCGAUUAUUACACUUAAUCAGAUCAUGUUCACAAAAGCUGACACUGGUGUCGCAAACAAGUUAAUCGAAAUUUACUUUAACUGUUUCAAGGACUUCCUCAGAGAAGAAGAAGCAUACGUUAAAAAGACAAAAGAAGAUGCGAAGAAUGCGAAAAAGAACAAAAAGCAACAUGGCAAAAAUGAUAAGAAGGACAAGAAAGGCAAAAAAGAAGAAGCAGAGGAGGAUCCAGAGAUGAUCGAAGAGAAGAAAUCGAAGAUGAUUGCAGGUAUCCUCGCAGGUAUUCAUCGUGCUAUGCCAUAUGCGAACAUCGAGGAGAAGAUCUUCGACAAUUACAUGGACACCUUGUUUAGAAUAACCCACACUGGUACUUUCAAUAUUGCAAUCCAAGCCUUACAAUUGAUCAAUCAGGUAACCAUCAUAAAAGAAACAAUAUCCGAUCGCUUUUAUCGUACACUCUACGAAUCUCUCCUCGAUCAAAGAUUGAGUACAUCAUCAAAGCAAUCUAUGUAUCUUAACUUGCUGUUCUCAGCUGUAAAGAGAGACCCAUCUAAUGCCAGAGUUGCAGCAUUCGUCAAGCGUAUUUUGCAAAUGUUACUUGGUCAAUCACCUUCAUUCAUUUGUGGUGCAUUCUAUCACUUGAAUGGCUUAUUGUCUAGCCACCCAUCAUUGAGAGCAAUGUUGGAUGAUGGCGAAGAGAAUGAUGCUGGUGGAGUAGCAUCUACAUCUUACGAUAAAUUCAAACGCGAUCCACAAUACAGUAAUGCUCAGCAUAGCUGCCUAUGGGAGUUGUUACCAUUUACAAACCACUAUCACCCUUCUGUUGCGAUCCAAGCGAAACAGAUCCUUAACGGCGAAGUAGUGAGGACAUCCGCAGACUUGAAUCUUAACACAUUGAUGCACUUCUUGGAUAGAUUCGUAUACAAGAAUCCAAAGAAGGAUAUCAAACCAAAGGGUGCCUCCCUCAUGCAACCUAUUGCUGCUUCUGAUAGAUCACAAACAGUUGCUAAUGUUAAGGGUGCAACUCGUGAAUUGAUGGUCAAUAGUAGCGAGUUUAUGAAGAAGAAAGAGGAGAAUGUCGCACCUGAUAUGCUUUUCUUCCAUAAAUUCUUUAACCAACGCAACAAACGUCUCGAAGAGAAAGCAGCCAAGAGAGAUAAGCGUAAGAAGGGAUCAGAUGAUGAGGAUGAGGAAAGUGCCGAUGAUGAGCCUGACCAAGGUGAAGAUGUCGAUCUUGAUAAAGAUGAUGAUGAUGAUGAUGAUGUCGCUGAGGAUGGUUCUGAGAUGGAUGAAGAUGAAGUUUGGAAGGCUAUGCAAGCUUCUAUGCCAGGACAAGAAGAUGAUGAUAUCGAAGAGAGCGACGAAGACGACGUCGAUCCUGCCUUGAUGGAUGACAGUGAGGAGGAAGCUGAAGGAGAAGGAGAACCUGAACCUACCGCUGACGAUGAAGAGGAGGAAGAAGAAGACGAUGACGAUGACGACGAAGGCGGCCUUGAAGGAUUAGUCGACGACGAAGAUGACUUGUUAUCGGUCGACGAAAUGGAAUCAGAAGCUGGGGAGGAAAGCGAGGCUGAAGAGGAAGAAAGCCUCGGUAAACGCAAGCGUGACGACAAAGACGCAAAGAAGGCAGCUAAGAAAGCCAAGAAGGCCUUACCUACGUUCGCUAGCGCUGACGAUUAUGCUCAUUUGUUAUCAGAUUAA